AUGGCCAGCAUCUUCCGCCGGGCCGCAUCGGGCGUCUACACCGUCCUCGCCGUUUCCAUUCUCGGCGUCUGGAGCCUCAUCGUGCUGGUUGGCGUCGGCCUCACUGCCGUCGACGCGAACGCGAGCCUCCUCCAGCUCAUCGCCCUGCCGUCCCUGCUGACGUUCCUCGUCGCGAAGCUCGUCGUCGCCGCGUCGAGACUCCGGGCAGCAGCGGCAGCGGCAGCGGAAACCUUGCAACCUGGCUCGCGACGGCGGACCACGGCUCCCCGCACGGCGCGCUCGUUCUCCUCCUCUUCUCCCGUGACGUGGCUCCUGCACCUCGCGCGCAUCGUCUUCGCGCUCUUCCUCGUGGUGCUGAUGGGCGGCUUCAUGGCCUUCGCCGCCACGCUCGACGGCGCGGGUAAGGCUGGCAACAGCGGUAGCGGCGGCGGCGGGACGACAGGCGGACGUGGGGCGCUCUUCGACGACGACGCCGACGCCGGGGGCGCGCGCCAGAACAUGACGAUGGCGCUGGCGCGGUUCGAGGAACAGGCCGGCGUGGUGGGGAUCGGGGACUACCUCAAGGGGAACCCGUGGAUCGUCUUCCAGGUCUUUGCGGCGCUCUGGGCGACGUGCGGGCUGCUGACGGCGUACGUCACGGCGUACGCGUUCGGGGCGGCCCGCACGGUGCUGAUGACGCCGCUGGACGCGUGGGUGAGGAGGGGAGGCGGCGGCGGCGGUAGUGGCGGGGUCCCGUCUGUCGUCGUCGUCGUGGAAAAGGAGAGGGUCGUCUUGCCUGUGGAGGCGUCAAGCUGA